CGCGGUCCAGAGGCCCGGGCACCUGCCGGAGGCCAAGCGCUUGGCUCCGAGGGGUGAAUCGGGGCUGCUGCCCUGCAGCCCUCCAGCCUCCUCUCCUGGGCGCCUCGCUCUCCUUCCUGUACCGAGGGGUCCGAGUGACCGUGGCCCCCGGAGAGCCAGGCCCGGCCUGGGGGCGUCAGCGGGAGGCUGCCCAGGAACUGCUGCCGCGGGCCACCGCCUUGCGCCAGGUAAACAGGCGGCGCGUGCCAAGCUUGGCCGGGGUGGUCUCCGUGGUCACUCCAGCGGAGCUGAGGACGGACUGGGGAGGGGGCGUGUAAAACACUGCUUGUCUAGGCGAAGUGACUGCUUUGGGGCUACUCAGAUCUGGGACACACCAUUUUUAGGUUUUCAGCACGUCUCUUCCAUGCUGGACCUCAGUUUCUCCACGUGAGAAUUGAGAGUUUAGGUGAACUCCCUACAGACCCGUCAUGCUGUGAAUAUCUGACAUUGCAAGGUCUGUUCCUGGUUCAACAUGCGGGGCAGUUUUACAGAAGACAUUUUUUUUUUUAACGUUCCAGAUGUAGACUUUUUAACCCCUUCGUGCACUUUGUCUCAGGGAGGUUUAAAAUGAUUCCCAGAAGUGUUUUCUUGGAAAUAGCUUUACUGAGCCUUCGUCAUUCCUUGCUGUCGUCUAUAGUCUUCCUGUGGAGCGUUUGCAUGCAAGCAUUUUGCUGUUCGUAUUUGCCCAUUUUCUCUUUGUUCCUUAGUCUAGGCUGCUUUUGCUUCACAUCUGGAUUAUUGCAACAGCUUCUUAACUGGUCUCUGACUCCAGAGGUUUCACCCUCCCCCAUCCUUCCUUUAUGCUAACGCCAAACUUAGUAUAGGAAGUAGAAAAAUAGUUGAGUGCUUGCUUGUUUAGUAAAUGUCAAAAUGCUGUUGAGCAGUGGACAAAAGGAGUCAAAACACUCUAAUCUCCAACCAAGGCUUUUUACACUGGGUGUUCAGACAUUGCCCAUGAGACAAGGUUGUGUACUAUAGAGAGGUAGAGGUAGUGGUGUGUGGUGGGGCUUAGUGAAAGGGUGGUAAAGGACCAGUAGGAUUCAGAUUUGGGGGGAAAAAAAGGAUCCUACAGAGUUAGUGACUAGACCAGCCCCCUGGCCGAAGACUAAGAUGGGAGAGGGGUAAGAGGAAAUAUUGAUUAGACUUGGUUCCUGAAAGAUCUCGAACACUAGGCCAAAGUUAAAACUAUUCUAGAGGCAGGUAGGUGUAUUUCAGCAACUGGGAGGGGGCACGGCACGGUGCGGUGCAGAGGUAGAAGGAAGAGGCUAGAGGGUAGGAGGUGAGCUUAGGGGGGCCACGGCAGUUAGACUACUGUUCAAAGCUGAAUAGUAUCCUGCCUGCUUUGUGGUGUCAGCCUUUACUGUUCCUCCAUCUCCGGUCAAGGGUCUUUUAGGUUUGGCUUCAUUCCUCUCACCUAAACCUGACUUUUUCCUGGCCUUUGCUUCUCCAAGUUGCUCAUGUUCUGACUGCUUCUGAGGCUGUUGUUCCAGUCCCCUGAGCACGUUCUCCAUUUCACUUCCUUCAAGCCCCUGCUGAAGAUAGACUUCCUCCAAUGGGUGUUCCCUCACUGCCCUACCCCCAUGCCUUUGUGGCACCGGGACUCUGCAGCAAGCUUCCUUGGUUGUUGGUUGUCUUGGCCCGGCUGGAGCAGUUGUUUGAAGACACUGCGUGUUAGCGCUUCUUUCAGACUCUAUGCCUCCUGAUGCUGGAGCUGGAAUCUUGAUAAUAGGGUCUCAAAUAGUUCCUGAUUUUUGUUGGUAAACAAUGUUUUUUCCAAGGAGAAGCCUUUGGUUUUUAGCCUUCUCUGUCCUCUGUAACUACUGGUAUUUAAUGCUGCAGUUCCAGGUGGAUGCUUUCAGUUUUAUUCUCAGAUGCAGAAAGCACAGAAAAAAUUCAGUGAAACAUUAGUGUUCCUUCCUGAUCCCAGGGAAAGAAAAAAAGUAUCUGUAAUUCUUGAGUCUAACUAAGGCUGUGGGGAAAGAAAGUUGGGUCUGGGAUCAGGCCUGUAUUUGGAUCUCAGUGCAGUCACUCAAUAGCUAUGUGAAGCUGAGCGAUUUGUCCUGUUCUCUGAGCCCAUCAUUUCCUCCGCUCUUUUUUUUUCUUUUUUGGUGCUGAAGAGUUAGCCCAGGGCCUCACGCAUACUGGGCAAAAGCACUACCAUUGUACCACUGAGUUCCACCCCCAGCUCGAGCCUGCCGUUUCUUACUUGUAAUGUGUCAAAAAGUCAGUGUUGUAGGGUUGAUACAGGUGUAUAUGUUCAUUCAUGUGCAUCUGUAUGUGUGUGCACCAGUGCCCGGGUCGAAUGCCGAGUAUCCCUUUCCACUGCUCUCCCUCUUCUCCAUCUUAUUUUUUUGAGACAGGGUCUCUCACCAUGUCUGGAACUGGCUAUUCAGCCAGAUUGGUUGGCCAGCAAACCCUAGAGAGUCUCCUGGCCCCACCUCUCCAGUGUGUGUGGCAUUUUUACAUGGGUGCUGAGAAUCCAGACUCAGGCCCUCAUGCGUGCAUGGUAAGCACUUUAGAAACUGAGGCCCUCUCCACAGCCUCUGGAUUUUUAAUGAUGAUGGCACACAAAGGCAGUAGCAAAAUUUAGGAUCUGCUGAAGACAUUUUAUUAUGAUUAGGUGUGGUGUAUCAGAGUGGAAGAAGGAUGGGCUGCCAAGCUUUGUCUAGCCGAUACACAUGUCUCUGUUCUGCCUUCCAAAUGAAGCAAGAAUGUCAAAUAUUGUGAACCUAGAGUUCUGUCAUUUAUAUUUCCACUGAUUUUUCAUGUAUCUUUAGUUGAAAUUUUGUUUCAUGCUUUCAAACUUCUUAAUUGUGUCCAUUUAAUGUUUUGUAGCUGACAAACUGCUGAAUUUAGCUUAGUGAAGGUCACCAACUGAGCGCAGUUAAGCUUCUAAUGGUUAUUUUCUCUUGAUGUUGCUGGCAUGGAAAGCACCCUGGAGGAAUGCAAUUCAAGAUCGCGCCUCGUGUCAGUAGACAUGGACAGCAGCAGUUUCAUUCAGUUCGAUGUGCCUGAGCACAGCAGCACUGUUCUGAGCCAACUGAACGAGCUCCGCCUGCAAGGGAAGCUAUGCGACAUCAUCGUCCACAUUCAGGGUCAGCCAUUCCGAGCCCACAAAGCUGUCCUCGCUGCCAGCUCCCCUUAUUUCCGGGACCAUUCAGCAUUGAGCACUAUGAGUGGCUUGUCGAUAUCUGUGAUUAAGAACCCCAGCGUGUUUGAGCAGUUGCUGUCCUUCUGUUACACUGGAAGAAUGUCCUUGCAGUUGAAGGAUGUUGUCAGUUUUCUGACCGCAGCCAGCUUCCUUCAGAUGCAGUGUGUCAUUGACAAGUGCACGCAGAUCCUGGAGAGCAUCCACUCAAAGAUCAGUGUGGGAGAUGUUGACUCUGUCACCAUUGGUGCUGAAGAGAAUCCCGAGAGCCGGAAUGGAGUGAAAGAUGGCAGCUUCUUCGCCAAUCCUGUUGAGAUCUCCCCUCCAUAUUGCCCUCAGGUACGGCAGCCUCCAGUAAGCAGCGAUCUUCGGAUGGAGACGACCCCCAACAAAGCCCUUCGGAGCCGCUUACAGGAAGAGGGACACUCAGAUCGGGGGAGCAGUGGCAGCGUGUCUGAGUACGAGAUUCAAAUUGAAGGGGACCAUGAGCAAGGGGACUUGUUGGUGAGAGAGAGCCAGAUCACUGAGGUCAAAGUUAAAAUGGAAAAGUCUGAGCGGCCCAGUUGUUCUGACAGCUCCUCCCUAGGUGAUGAUGGCUACCACACAGAGAUGGUUGAUGGGGAGCAAGUUGUGGCGGUGAACGUGGGUGCCUAUGGCUCUGUGCUCCAGCAUGCGUAUCCCUACUCCCAGGCAGCCUCACAGCCUUCCAGCAUGCCAGAAGCUUUUGGAAGUCAGAGUAAUUCCAGCCCAUCCAGGUCCAUGCUGAGCUGCUUCCGAGGCCGUGGUGCCCGCCAGAAGCGGGCUCUGUCUGUUCACCUGCACAGUGACCUGCAGGGUGUGGUGCAAGGAUCUGACAGUGAAGCCAUGAUGAACAAUCCCAGUUAUGAGAGCAGUCCCCGGGAGAGGAGUGCAAGGGGUUACUGGUACCCAUACAACGAGAGGUUGAUCUGUAUUUACUGUGGGAAGUCCUUUAACCAGAAGGGAAGCCUCGACAGGCAUAUGCGACUGCAUAUGGGAAUCACCCCCUUUGUGUGCAAGUUCUGUGGGAAGAAGUACACACGCAAGGACCAGCUGGAGUACCACAUCCGGGGCCACACUGAUGACAAACCAUUCCGCUGUGAGGUCUGUGGGAAGUGCUUUCCAUUCCAGGGCACCCUCAACCAGCACCUGCGGAAAAACCACCCGGGUGUCACUGAGGUCAGGAGUCGCAUGGAGUCUCCCGAAAGAACAGAUGUGUACGUGGAACAGAAACUUGAAAGUGAUGUGUCAGCCUCAGAAAUGGCUCUGGAUUCCCGAAUGGAAAUCCACACAGUAUCUGAUGCGCCUGACUAGGGUGCUGCAGAGAAAGAGCUCCUGAACAAAGCACAUCAGUCAAUGCAUAGUUGGGAUUUGCUUUGUUGUAAUCUUUGGUUUUCCCCAUCUGGAAAUCUCUUGGUUUCUUGGUAGUUUCUCUGAAGGUUCUGGGUGUGGCACUUGUGUUUACCCUUAUCUCCUCUCCCCUCCCCCAGGAGCUCAAAGCAUGAAGGGCAGCAGAUCCAGGGAAAACACAGACUGACAGUAUUCCUCUUUGGCUGAAUGCUUCUCCCAACUCUGCCAGUGAUUUAGCUAUGCCAACUGGUUGACCCCACGUUCUCUGCCAAGAGGCAGGCACUCUUUCACUGUGGGUGCAUUUUAAUGGAAAGAGGCUAAGAUGCCGUCAGCUGAUACAAAUGGGUAACCUUUUCUAAUUUAAAAUUAGUUUUAGGGGGUAGUUAGACAAUUUAUAUAUAUAUAAUAAAGUGGUUAUUAUAUAUAUAGUAUAUAUACAUUCUCAAAUUGGGGUUUAUUCUGGUUGAGGUGAAUGUAAGAGGAAUAUAUAAUUUAAUACAAUGUGAACAGAGUCUGACUCUGUUUCAACCCCGCCUACUAUGUUAGUUUCCACCCUUUGUUUUCCUUACUGAAGAAUGUCAGUAGAUUUUUCACAUACAGUAAUCAUUGUGUCCAAAUGCAAGCAAAGCAAAUCACAGUGUUCAUAGCUCUGCUUCAUAACAAACACAUAAACCAAAUGCCAUAAAACUCCUUCAACUGUAGUGGGAACCAUUUGGAACUUUUGUUCGUUGUCCAGCAGUGCUGGAUGACCUGUGGUGCUGACCUUUCUACACAGUGUAGUGUUAUACUAGCCAACCCCAAAGGAGCAGUGGUUUUCAAGGUUUUUACUACAAAUCUACCUACCUUCAUUCCGUACUGUAGAAGCAUACAUACCAGGUAACUAAUCAGAUCACUCCACCGUGAGCAGUGCUCUCACUAAAGGGCAGGAGUUUGUAGCGCUUGCCUACAGAAUUCUCCAGGUAGUGUUGUGCUUUAUCGUUUGUUUUCUGUUGGUUUUUCUCUCUCUCCUCAAACAGCCAGUUCAGGUGCACAACAACUUUUUCUAUGCAGUUCCCAGGGAAACUGCAGAACUUGGAAUUUGUACUUUUUGUAAAGCUGUACUCUACGGGAAUUGCAAGCAAUAUAUCUAAUCUUAGUAUUGUGUGUGCUAAUGAGAGCCUCAGUGGCUCCUCCACUCUCUCAGUGUUU